AUUGACCAUCUGUUCUGCUCAUUCGUGGUUGCAAAAUUGCAAACUGUUGUUUUGUUAUGUAUUUUAUUUGCAGUCACAGGCCAUAGAAAAUUUUGUUAAGUGUUUGUCGUUUGUUAUUGUAAUAUGAAUCGUUAAUAAGUUUUUCAUAAAUUCACAAUGAAUGAUUUAACUGACGCCAACGAGGCGUUGACUCUCGCCGUUCGUUUUGACCAAAUGAAGGAUUCAGAAAAAGCUGUGCUAUGUUACAGAAAAGCAGCCAGGUUUUUAGAUAGGGCUCUGUCCCAAAAUGCAGUGCCUACAGAGCGAAUACUGUCCUAUCGAAAUAAGGUCAAAGAAUGUCUCGAGAGGGCUACUGCUCUCGAAUCCCAAGAAGAAAGGAAUCAGCAGGCUGAGGGUGAGAGAAUGCUGCAGAAGUUCCACUUCCUCAUGCAACAGGCGCUGGACGCCGAUGAGGCUGGACAGAAGGACUUGGCUUUGAACAUGUAUAUGCAGGCCGUGGAACUUGCCGUUAAAUUAAAAGAUUCCGAGAAAAAGGGAGAUUGCAACUCUUUAGCCAAACGAGCAUUAGAUAGAGCAGAGGAGUUGAAGGGGAUCAAUUUAAGUAAUUUGUCAUUGAAUGAACCAAAGAGACCAGCUGUGACUCCCACCAAAGCGAUUUUGCAAAGAGAACAGAGUGUGAAUCUAAAAGUGACCGGCAAGUAUGCUUACACGGACGAAGAGAAAGAGGUGCUAAGAACGACUUCAAAUAUAAACAAUAAUACUUUCUACCCAUUCAUGGACGUCGAUUUAUCUGAAAGAUUCCAAUACGCGAUACCAUUCGAAGACAGAGCCAGCGAGUUGAAGUUAUCAGCGAAACAACAGAAGGAGUUCGAUUCCUGGGUCAGACCGCACGAGAUAUGCGGCGACCCCAAGUUGAUAGUCAACGAGACUGUGGACUGCUUCAGUAUCAAGCAGACUAUAGUUUCGGACUGUUCAUUCGUGGCGUCUCUAGCUGUCAGCGCUUUGUACGAGAGGCGCUUUCCGGAACGCAAGAAGAUUAUUACUAAUAUCAUAUACCCGAGGAAUAAAAAUAAUCAGCCUGUAUAUAAUCCGUUCGGGAAAUAUAUGGUGAAGUUGCAUCUAAACGGUGUUAGAAGAAAGGUUAUAAUUGACGACCGUUUGCCGUUCAGCCGCUACGGUCGCCUACUAUGUUCUUACUCGAGCAACAAGAACGAGUUUUGGGUGUCAAUGCUCGAGAAAGCUUACAUGAAGGUCAUGGGCGGUUAUGACUUCCCCGGAUCUAAUAGUAACAUAGACCUGCACGCAUUAACCGGAUGGAUACCGGAACGGUGCGCCAUCCGGGCGAACGAGCCGGACUUCAACCCGGACGUGUUGUACGACAAGAUCCGUACGCACCUGGCGGCCGGCGACGUGUUGGCCACGGUCGCCACCGGCCCGCUGUCCGACUCGGAAGCGGACCGGACCGGUUUGGUCGCUACGCACGCGUACGCAGUUUUGGAUGUGAGACUUGCUAAUGGCGUCAAACUGCUAAAACUAAAAAACCCAUGGUCCCACCUACGAUGGCGAGGGAACUAUUCGGAACUGGACAGCGCUCACUGGACGCCAUCUUUGCGUCAACUUCUGAACUACGACCCUGAUAGCGCAGCGCAGUACGAUAACGGAGUGUUCUGGAUAGAUUACGCUAGCAUAUUGAACUUCUUCGACGUUUUCUAUCUAAAUUGGAAGCCUGAUCUGUUUAAAUACACCUUUUGUACGCACCAAAAAUGGGACGCCGGCAGUGGCCCAGUCAAAGACAUUUAUACGGUUGGUGAGAAUCCACAAUUCUCCCUACACGUUCAAGGUAAAGGAGCCGUGUGGCUCCUUUUGACCAGGCACAUUACUCAGAUAGACGACUUUAGAGAUAAUAAAGAGUAUAUAACCUUGUUGGUGUACAAGAAUAACGGACGGAGAGUUUAUUAUAGACAGGAGCCCCAACCGUAUAUAGACGGUGUUCCGAUAAACAGCCCCCACUAUUUGUGCAAAAUCAUUGUGGGCGACAACAGCGCAAACAGAUACACAUUAGUCGUUUCUCAAUAUGAGAAAUCUCGUACGAUAUUGUACACCCUACGUGCGUAUGCGACCUGCCCAUUCGCAUUGCAGAAGUUGGAGACAUACCCUUAUACCAUUAGUAUCCAAGGCGAAUGGUCGGGCCGCAACGCUGGUGGUUGCGAGAACCACCGCCAGACCUACCCCAACAACCCCAAGUUCCUCAUCAGUUUCCCGGACUCUGGCGCCAUGGUGGUGGAACUUCGCGGGCCCAAGCAGUACAAUAUAGGCAUCGAUGUCACAGUCGAUGCGCUACAGGACCCUAGUGUCACCGCGCCCUUCCUGAGGGAGUCUUCUGGGGCUUACAGAUCCGGCUACGCGGUUCUCGACCUGCCCAGCCUACCAGCCGGUCGGUACAUCCUCACUGUGUCCACUUUCUACCCGGGACAAGAAGGACCCUUUAUAAUACAACUAAGAACCACAUGCAGGGUUACAUACACGGCUCGCAACUAGGGGGCAAGGCGUGCGAGGGAGGAGACGAAUCUAUUGGGAUCUGCGUGAAAAAAAAAAUUAAUAAACAUUUUUAAAUUAAUGAAAUAGGCCCGUUUUCCAAAAAAUCUGAGUCAGUUAUCAGAAGUGAGAUGACAAUAUUGUAAUCUAGAAAAAAAUAAUGUAUUCUUCUUCUUGACAUCCUCACUUCUCCGGAGAAGAACGUGUGGUGCGCCAUUUGACUUGAUUAGUUUAAUCAGGUUUUUACACGAAGCGACUCCCGUCUGGCAUUCGGAACCUUUGCAGGGUAUCUAUCUCAUAUUGAAUCAUGGUUAUACUACAUGAAUGUACCCUUUCCCUUAGUAGCUUUUUACGACAUCCGUGGGAAAGAGAUGCGAGUGUUCCUAUUCUAAUGUCCCGGAAAUAAUACGGCACAAACAAUUAUGACUGUUCUGGAGAAUGUGUGUAAUGGUAAUGUUGACAUUUCGUACCAAACCUGAUCUCUAAUUAAUUAUACUGUCAGGGCAGUAAAAAGCGAAUUAUUCAAAGCGUUUGCCAAUUGCUUGUAUGCAAAUGUUGGUCCGACAGUUUAGCUUCGAAUAUUAUAUGCCCCCGUGGCCAACCGUACUAACCUUAAAACGAUUAAUGUAUAAAUUCAACAAUUAUAACGGACUCAUUUAGAACUUUAAUUUGCUUUUUUUAAUUAUGUACCUAUAUUG